UCAGAUGUGUUUAUCACGCGCACAAAACUAACGUUAAGAUGAUAUUUUAAUACAUAUUUUUACUUCAAAUAGUAAAGUCGUUGCAUAUUCAUCGAUUUUUGAAUUUUUUUUAACUGACAUUUAGUGAAUGAAAUAAUGAUUUAUGUAUUAGUCAAUGUAAUGAAACCUUUAACGUUAACGAUAUGUGUUUUAAUAGUAUCAGUGGUGAUUUCGACUGCGGACUCAAAUUCUACACGAUACAAAAGGCAAUGGACUUGGUCGAGUAACAACAAACCCCUUAGAAAUGAUAAAAACAAUUUAUUACGUACAUCAACUCCGAUGCCAAUAACAACUACCACAGCAACUACAGAAGACCCUUGCAAAUACAAUCCGGUUAAGCCGGAUUUCAGAAAACCAGGCCGCCGUAUAAGUGAAGCUAAAUGUCUUGAAUAUGUAUGGGAGAGACAAAAUAGAGAAAAUCAGAAAAAGAAAGAAGAAGAAUGCAAACAAAAACGACUCGAGAACGGAAUAUUUGGAAUUUCGGCAAUAGGGGGGAGGAUCACAGCACCUGGUGAAUUCCCACAUAUGGGUGCUCUGGGAUGGAGGGUUAUACAAGGCACGUGGGUAUUCAGGUGCGGAUGCACGCUCAUCAGCUCGAAGUACACGCUCACCGCCGCGCACUGCUCCAAGUCUCCGCUCGAUACGAACUUAGUCAGUCAAGUGCCUGAAAUCAUCAGGCUCGGCGAUAAGAACAUUAUUGACGAAAUUUCAAACGGUCAAGAACCAAUUGACGCCAAAAUACUUCGAAUCAUAAUACAUCCAUCGUAUUCAGCACCAAAAAAAUACUUUGACAUAGCUCUAGUAGAAUUAACCGAACCUCAACAAUUUACGAGUUACAUACAACCAGCCUGCCUCUGGAAUCGAUUUAAUACAGAUAAAUUGGGAACAUCAGCAACCCUUACUGGAUGGGGAGUCAUUGAGACAGCCAGCAGGAAAGUAUCUCCUGAACUCCAGGCUGCCGUAGUCGAUAUAAUAGACCCAUGGCUAUGCGAUUCACUACUGCGGCCGUCCUGCAACCGACACUGGUGUGGCAUUAAGGACCAUCAGAUAUGUGCGGGGAAACUUGAAGGUGGAGUUGAUGCGUGUCAGGGUGACUCAGGCGGACCACUUCAAGUGAAGAUAAACCUGCCUCCGUCUGAAGAAGGUUCCAUGCAUUUCGUGAUAGGCGUUACAUCUUUCGGCAUCGGGUGCGCGCGCCCCAACCUGCCGGGCGUCUACACGCGCGUGUAUAGCUUCGUCGACUGGAUCGAGAGCAUUGUGUGGCCGGGAAAUUAGAUUAAAUAUAAUAUUGUAUCUUGUUUUCUUCCUUGACACCAACAUGCUCGUAAUCAAACGCUAUAUAUCUAUAUAUAGAAGGACAUAUCUUUAUAUAGGGGAGAUAAAAACCCCUACAUGUAUUUUUUAG